AUGGAUUUUAUACCAUAUCUCUUUCUUUUUCUCUCCCUCCUACUGCUACUCACUCUCUCUCUCUUUCGUUUUGAUUUUUCUUUCUCCAAAUUUGGUGCUUCUGCUUUCUUUCUCCAUCCCCGCCCCAACUCUUUCUUCUGGAUCUUCGCAAAUGUUGCACAUCUUAUAUCAACCUGUUGCAGAGAGGAUUUGCUGGCCAAAUACACAUCUAUCUAUCUAUCUAUCUAUCUAUCUAUCUAUCUAUCUAUCUAUCUAACUUGCCUGCCUAUCUAUCUAUCUAUCUAUCUAUCUAUCUAUCUAUCUAUCUAUCUAUCUAUCUAUCUAUCGCAUUCUGGUAAUAUCUAUCUAUCUAUCUAUCUAUCUAUCUAUCUAUCUAUCUAUCUAUCUAUCUAUCUAUCUCAUUCUGUUUCUGACUGUCACAUUCGAUUAACAUUUGUCUGUCUGUCUAUCUAUCUAUCUAUCUAUCUAUCUAUCUAUCUAUCUAUCUAUCUAUCUAUCUAUCUCAGGCAGUUCACUGAUAAUUUUAUUUAUAUUUAUGAAAUUCUUUUGGUUGAUAAAAUUUACAAAACGAAGUUAAAUUUGAGUUAA